AUGGAGUUUCCCGAAAGUGGACCGUCAAGAAUCGCCACCACUCCCCGAUCAGAUCAGAUCAGCAACGGGAACCCAACUUCGGCGGACAAGGGGAAAAGAAAGGCGGACGGUCAACACAGACCAAAGAAUUUACAGGCUUGUGAUAGAUGUAGGACUAAGAAAACGAAGUGUGAACCUCUAGACACCCGACGAGACUUAUGUCAAGCAUGCAACUCUGCCUCUCUUACAUGUACCUUCGACCUACCUUUAACGGCUUCACGGACGAAGCGUAUACGAAAUGGACUAUAUCAGUCUCAUGGAUCAAUUUGGUCAAUGGACGAUACCGCACGUAGUCCGAGAGGUUUGGAACACAAUGACGAAAGGAUGAUGUACAUGGAUAGGGCAGACAGCGAGUUGAGGCAAUCUACUCCUACUGUUAUACCUAGAGCUAGGAGUGUAUUGGGCUUGACACCUUUGAGGGCGACGUCCACACGGAGAGAAGGUCCAACUUCGAUAUCCUAUAUCCUCCAUUCGACUCCAACACUACCAAUAGCCUAUCUUGCAGAGUACGAUGAACACCACAAUCUAUCCAUGAUUCUAACGCCCCCUGACUCGGGGAAUGGUUAUAUGCAAGUCACUACUGCUAAUCGUCCUUCUUCAGAUUCUUCAGAGCCUCCAUCCCAUGUCAUCGAAGCCCUCAGAUCACCAAGUUGGACAGAGCUGGUCAAUCGACUGGUGGAGACUUUCUUAGUGCACGUUAGUUCGCUGAUACCGAUUGUCACAAGGGAAGAUAUGCCCGAGGUCACUCAGACUCUGUGUCAUGCGAUGGCUGCGGUCGCGGCUGCUAGGCGUAAUUGUCCUAAAGAGAUAUUCGAUUGUCUAAAUUAUAUAGUCGCACGGGAGAUGCAUGAACAAGAUACGUUGAGUGAUCAAAGUCGUCAAAGCGUCCAAACGCUUCUAGUUACUUGCUUGGUCGAUGAGCUAGCGCUGCAAAGUGGGGCGGCGGCAUCAGAAAGUGUAUCACGGACGAGACUGGCUGGAGCUAUCAGAUUGGCACAAGAUCUUUCGAUGGACCAGUCGGACACAGGAUAUCCUGAUGCCGAAGCGGAUCGUAGGAUAUGGCAAUGCGCGGUCAUUCUGGAUCAGUGGAACGCAGCACGUACAGGCGUUCGACCUAUAAUACCGUCCCAAUCUCUACCAUCUGAUGUUUCCGAUAUACCUGGCAGGAGGGAAAAUACGUUCUUUCAUCACCUGUUCACACUUACCCUUAUUCUUUCGGAUAUCCUGAUCAAGAUAUAUGGGCCUAUUGGUAUCAACCGGACAAAGAACCAGGAAAUACAGGACAUUCGGGUCAAAUUGUUGAGGUGGAAAGAGGAAUUACCUCCUAUUUUGACUUUCAAUGGGGCUUGGUCUAGCUUACCUGCAGGCAUCCUAUAUCUCUUGCAUACGACUGUCACAUUUCUUUUUUACCGACCUUUUAUGCGUUGGUCAUUCAUUUGCCCGUCUCACAUUGAGUUAUCGCUCGACAUCCCAGUGUGGGUAAAUCUCAACCCAGCUACGAGACACGCACUGGAAUGGGCAACGAACCAAGAUGAACUUUGCGAUUUACUACUUUUCGGUCCAUACGCCUUGGGUCUCAUGGGUCUGGUCCAAUAUCACUCAUACGCCAGGCGCAGAGAAUGGGAUGGUGUAGUUAUAUUGGAGAAAUUCAGAGAAACUACCAAUAGAUGGAUAGAAGGUUGGGGAGAAGGUAGAAUGCCUUUACAGAGUGCUCAACUACAAGUAAUAUCCUUAUUGUAUUCCUGCGCUCAGAAAGCCUCACAAGAGGGAUUCACAUCUUACGACCCAGUUGAUACCUCCCGAAGGGGAUUGAAUCCCAUUCCAGGGGUUUUAAAUAGAUUACCAGAAACGGUUGUUCACGGGGUAACAUUUUUAAGAGAUCCGACUCACCCUAAAGGAGGUGUCUUGGUAGCUACCCAAAAGGCCGCUAUGGAGAUUAAGGAUCUGCCGCCGGAUACAGUCAUUAUUGGUCGUCAUCCCAAUCCUGGUUCUGCGCAAUUACCUGAUUUAUCGGCUAUAUUGGGUUCAGCACCGACUACUACCAACCUAUCUUCCUCUUCGGGGCUACAAGCUGUAUCAUCAUCAAACAUUUCGUUCAAUACGGCGAACAUGAACAUGAAUACCGCGGGUGAUGGAGGGAUUACGAUGUCAACGCCAGGUUGGGAUGCUAUUGUGUCUAAUUUGAACUACCCAUUAGGUAGUAAUCCGGAUGCGAAUUGA